ACAUGAAGGAGCCGGUGUUCCAGUACAUCAGACCACCUGUGUACCACCCUCCACAGGUCAAGUACCCACACAAACAGCCGCUGCGCUACCUGGACCGCUACAGAGACGGGAAACCGCACACCUACGGGAUCUACUGAUCAUGGUCCAUGUUGGAAUGGUUUUUCUGCAGCGUGUCACACACUGCAGAAAAACCAUUCAAACUAAUUAUUCCUCAAGUUAAAUGUUGUUAUUUUGAAAAGAAUAAAAUCAUUUCUCACCAUG